AUGCGGCUGGCUUGUUUAUGGUGGUAUUAUUUUGUGGCAUUGGGGAGUGGGCUGUUUGUUGCUGGGAGGGUGGGUGGCUGUGGAGGGGAAGAGGAGGUUGAACAGUUGGAGGUUGCGAUUUCUUACUCCAGUGCUGUUGUUGGUGUUCAAGGGAUUUUGAGAAGGGCACUGAGGUUCUGAAUAAAGCUGGGGCUCAAAGGCGAACUUAUAUUUUUCAAAUGAGGGUUCUUAUCAAUGCUUUUAUUAUAGAAUCUGAGAGCUCGCUAUGGCCGAUCCCCAGAUGGCAUCCCUGAGUACAAGUGGUACUGUAUAUCGCCAGUCCUUGCUCUAUAGUUUAGCAUGCUUCUCAUAUCUCCUCCAACAUCUCUCAUCACUCAGCCCGAAGUGAUUUUUAAAUCUACUAGUGUUCAACGUCGCGAUCUGUUUGAUCUGCGCCGCCGUUGAGUCUGCAACACCAAGGCGGCGAUCCGAGCAGCUCUGGCUUGCCUGCGGGCUUUCUGAUCUUCAGCGUGAGACCAGUGGAAGAAGAGGCUUGGGCUGGCCUUGGGCCCAAGAGCUUGAGGCGGAGGGAAAGAGAUGGUGUGAGAGCUGCGAGAGUGCUGCUGUCUUUGAGAAGUGGAAGUUGCUUUAUGUGCUGUAUUGACAGGACAACCAGUUAAUUGCAGAUACAAAACAAGCUGGCUUGAUGUAUUGCCACUCAUUUUGACAAGACAUCUACUUACCCCUCUUCUUUUUACGCAACUCCUGCCGCAGGCUUGUGACGAGGAGCUCAUCGCUGUCAAUAGAGUCAUCAUUCUCGCAGUGUUCUGCACUGUUGAUCGAGUACUCGGGAGUUUGAGAAGACGUGGGGGCG